UCAAUUUUCACACUGGGUUUAGCACUCUCAGUUGCCGUGGACGUAAUGAUCACGACCUUCCUUUGCCUUUUCUUGCGCUCAAACCGUACUUCCGUGUUGAGUACGAACCGCAUCAUAGAUGCCCUAACGCUGUAUACGCUACAGAAUGGUUCUGUUACGUCCGCUGCUGCUAUAGCCUCAUUGAUAUGUUGGUUAACAAUGCCCGAAAAUCGAAUAUUCCUGGGUCUCCAUUUUGUUAUAGGAAAACUUUACGCAAAUUCGUUACUGGCAACAUUGAAUUCACGAAAGCACCUACGGCAGGAUCGCUCUCAGGGUACGACGACAGGCAGCAACCCACUACCUGUCAUUUUCCCGGACAACUAUGAUGGAGAGAGAGGUUAUCGUGCUGAUAGAGGCUACUCUAUGCGCCUGCAACAUUUCUCGCUGAGACCAAAGGGCACACCAGCAGUGCAGGUGAAUGUGGAAAGGACGAUAGAUACGAAGUUUGACGAGGAUCUACCAUCACAACGGGAUACCUCAUCUGAGGAUAAAGUUUCCGGCGAAGAACUUCCUAGCGUCCACACUGUAUGAUAUUGAUAAUCACGACUGAUAGCCACGCUCCCUUACUCCUGUUUAAUGUAUUUGAUUGAUAUCCUGCAAAGAUAUAGUAGGUAUGUUAGCUGUAACGAUGUUGACUUAUUUUCCUCGCAUCACGAUAUAAUUAUAUGGCUUGUCUCUUCGAUUGUAUAUUAUA